AUGUACCUUCUCUUUGGAACAAAGAAAAUCUUACUUAUUGAUAGUGGUGCAACCGUCUCAUUGACUUCAUUUCCCAUCCGACAACAUGUUGAAACUAUUAUUAAUCGUUGGUGUAUUAACAAAAAGAAAAAACGUGAAGACCUGAAGUUAGUCGUUGCUCAUACUCACAAUCAUCUUGAUCAUAUUGCUGGUGAUGGACAAUUUCAAGGUCAAUUGUUUACCACUGUUGUAGGUACAACCGUAGAAAAUGUGAGUUACUUUUUUAAAUUGUCAAAAUGGCCAUAUUCGAUUGGCACUUUUGCACUCGACAAUCAGCGUCAAGUAGCCAUCAUACCUAUACCAGGUCAUGAAAAUGCUUCGAUAGCCUUCUACGAUUGUGCGACUAGAUUGUUGUUUACAGGUGAUUCACUGCUACCAGGACGUUUGUAUAUCGCAAAUUUUUCGGCUAAUGUCGAUUCGAUUCAACGUCUAUUAUAUUUCAUUGAAUCAAAUCAUCUUAAUGUGAAUGCUAUUCUCGGUGCACAUAUUGAAAUGACUCAAAUAGAUAAAGUCGAUUAUCCAAUUGGUGCUACCUAUCAACCAAAAGAGCGUCUACUCAAUUUGUCAUUAGAUCAUUUACAUCAACUCAAUAAUGAAUUACAAGAACAAUGGAAAGCAGGAUUCGAUCAACGACAUAAAGCCUAUUAUGAUGCAUUUAUCGUCGAUCCCAAUCCAUCUCAAUUACCUCCGUAUCCAUCCAACGGACGGAUGGCCGAACAUGGAUUCAUAUUAUUACCAUUGAGUACACUAGAUCUCGUUUGGAUUUCUCACAAACCAAUGUUUCGUACACCACACGAUUUUCAACUAGUCUUGAUGGCAAAAGUGACGCAUCCAAAUGUGAAUUCUCUAUCCUUACCGACAAAUACGAAUGUUCUUCAGAAUCAGUGGACGAUCUUGCCAGAUUUAUGGUCAUUGAAUAAUUUACUCAAUGGCAAUAUGACAACAUUUUCCGCUCAACUAUUUAUCGGUAAUUUUGAACAAGGUGGACAAUACUUAUGCAAUAUCACCCUCGAAAUUGUUUGGCCUUCCCUAACGAUCGUUCAAUUGAAUGCAUCCGAAAUCGAACCGUAUCAACCACUACGCUACUCGAGCUAUCUUCUUUCGAACAUGAUCGUUAAUAAUCAAACCGAAAUUCAUCUAUACCUUCUACAUCAAAUACGUGUACAGCCCGAUUUUGAUACUAUAGCGCAUGCCACUAUUGAUCCAUUUAAUUGUACAACAGAUAUUGAACGAGAACAACUCGUUGAUUUAUUAACAAAAAAUGGAAAUGAAUGGGCCUUUCCAGGUCUGAAUAACGAACUAUUGAAUCGAUUAACUGUAUCUUCAGGUGUUGUUCGUGCACAACUUCUAAACGAUAUUUAUUCUACAGUCUGUUCAAUGUCUAUCAUCGAAGAAAUUCAAUGUACUCUAGGUCCGGAUUUUUAUGAUAACUGUCAUGUAACAUCUCAUUCGGUCUGCAAUUCUUCUUCAUUAUUAACAAUUCUUUUUUUUUGGCUUUGUUUUCAAAAAGAACUCUAA